AUGCAAAGUAAUUUAAAUCCAGAUGAGAUAAAUCGAAAUUCUAAUAAGAAUGGAGUCAAUGUAUCACAACUUUCUAGUGCUCUUCGCCAUGUGAAUAUAAGCAAUAGUAAUACUACAACAGAUCAAUCAAAUAUACAUUUUGAAUCCUCAGGUAGGGAAAAUGUAUUACAAACACAUCCACAACAGCAAUAUCAAUCACAAGAAGUCCAUUUAGAAGAUAUGAUUCAUCCAAUUUCAGUGCAGCAACAGGUUAGUAAUCAAAAUCUCAAUGAACAACAAGUGCGUCAACAGCAAGCUCAACAGCAACAGCAACAGCAGCAGCAGCAGCAGCAACAACAACAACAACAGCAGCAGCAGCAGCAGCAACAACAACAACAACAACAGCAAAAUCAAGAGAUGUUUAAUGCAGCAUUUAAUCCAAAUCAAAAUUCAAGAAUUACUCAAUUUUUCCAAAAUCAACCAAUGGAGGGUUAUACACUAUUCUCUCAUAGAUCUGCUCCAAAUGGUUAUAAAGUUUCAAUGGUUCUAAGUGAACUAGGACUUAAUUAUAACACCAUUUUUUUAGAUUUUAGUAGUGGUGAACAUAGAGCACCUGAAUUUGUUUCAGUUAAUCCAAAUGCAAGGGUACCAGCUUUAAUCGAUCAUGGUUUAGAUAAUUUAGGUAUUUGGGAAUCUGGUGCAAUUCUAUUACAUCUAGUUAAUAAAUAUUAUAAAGAAACUGGCGAACCAUUACUUUGGGCAGACAAUCUAUCAGAUCAAUCACAGAUUAAUGCAUGGCUAUUCUUUCAAACUUCAGGUCAUGCUCCAAUGAUUGGUCAAGCUUUGCAUUUUAGAUACUUCCAUUCACAAAAAAUCCCUAGUGCAAUAGAAAGAUAUACAGAUGAAGUUAGAAGGGUUUAUGGUGUAUUAGAGGUUGCCCUUGCAGAAAGAAGAGAAGCUGUGGUUAUGGAAUUAGAUACAGAAAAUGCUGCAUCAUACUCCGCAGGUACCACACCAAUUUCUCAAAGUAGAUUCUUCGAUUAUCCAGUUUGGCUAGUUGGUGAUAAUAUCACAAUUGCUGACAUAUCUUUCUUACCAUGGAAUAACGUGAUUGACAGAAUUGGUAUAAAUAUCAGGGUAGAGUUCCCAGAGGUUUAUAAAUGGACUAAAAAUAUGAUGAGAAGACCAGCAAUAAUUCAGGCAUUAAGAGGCGAAUAA